AUGUCAAACUCGAGUGAAGCGGAGACCACGGCGGGAAGGGGUCGCGGUCCUGGCUUUUACGAUACCCAGAGCGUUUCGGAGGGCGGCACGGCGGAUUCGUUUGUGAUUCGAAACGUGCACACGAAACGGGAGCGUGCGCGCAGAGGGGAGGACCCCGACGCAGGCGAGCGCGGUUUUUUCCAGACUUUCUUUGCCAGCUUCAAGCAGUGUUGCGCCCCGAGCACCCGGAAGAACAUGAACUGGAAAGGCAGCCAAGGCACCGGCGCUGACGGCUUUGGACGGAAAGGCGCCGGCGCGCUGCAAGGUCGAAGCGCGACGAGCCAUCUCCUUUACGGCGGCAAGCGCGCGGCGACGUACACUGACGGAUCGAGCUCCAGCUCGAGCGUCACGCGCGGGAAAACUGAGGGCGGAACCCUCAACCGCAGUCAAAUCGAUGACAAGUUCCAGCCCGCCGGGGUCUCCUGGCGCAUCACCGACGCCACUGGUGCGAGUCGGACUGUGGUCCUCACCUCAGCGCAGGCAGCCUGGGCAGCCCUCGUCUGGUGCGUCCGCCUCGAAAACAGCGAGAGAAUGAGCGGACGAAUGGUCGCAGAAAUCCUCCUCGGCGCCGAGCAGCAAAAGCGGGAACUCGACCUCAACUUCUGCCUCCGAAGCACUGUCCAGUUCCAGUCUAUCGAGCUGCUUCGGAAACUCGAAGGGCGCGUGAUGGAGGACCUUCUUGGCGACUUCUCUGGCACGCUAACGGAUGUCGUUCGCGGAGCCCACAGCGAAGGGGCGGACGCCAGCACUGCCGGCGUAUACAUGAUCAUCUCGAAAGUACGAGUCCUUGGAUUAUACGCGAGGAAACAGGGAGAAUUCGUCGACCUUGCUGUCUUUGAUCCUGCACCGAGUGAAGAGGAUGACUUUCCACCCUGCUUCGUCGGCUUCAGAAGCAUGGAGGAUCUACUGGAUUUCACCGUCGAAACAUUCAAUCGCGAUCCCCGAGUGAAACGUGCCCUCCAGGCAAAAAUAACGGCCUUUCUAUUCAGGAGCAAGCACACAUACGGUCCGUCCGCCCGCCAGAAGGACUACGGCGCGCACAGACCUGUAAGACACUGGAUGAAGAAGGAAGGUCUCGCGCAGAAAGAUCCGCGGUUUGAGGCCAAGGUCAUGUAUACGAACAUGUACCGCGCGACGGAGCAAUCGCCUGCAGACGAAAACAUCUUUGCGAUGGAGGCUGGCACUGGCAUGCAAAUUGGCGACAAUCGUGAAGCGAAUGCGAGGAGCAAGUUCAGGAACCGGGACGAAGUGGAGGACGACGAUGAGGCGUCGUUCGGGCAACCUUGA